AUGGCUUGUUCAAAAUGGGUCAUUACACCUCAGCAUUUAGAUAUGGAAGGAGAGGAUGGAUGGGACCAACCCUUAUCAAAGUACCAAUCCAUCCCACCUGGCAAUAUGGAACUACAAAACCUAGCUGAAUCUGAUUCCAAUGAUUCGCAGCCGUAUUCAGAUUUAGACAACGAAGAUGUAGAAAUUUUCAAAGAACUGUACAAUAGCGUGUUUGACUCAGACAUAAUCAAUACAAAUAGUGACUCAGAUGCCAUAAUUAAACAGGAUGAAAACACUAAUGAUAAUGUGCAGUCCGAAAAAGGAUUUAUCCAAAAGUUUCAUAAAUACUUGAUCACAGAUAAUAAAGAGGACGCUAAAAAGCUGUUAUCAAACCGGUUUGAUUUAAACAAGUUCAAGGAGCUGCGCAAAAAAACAAUAUUCCAUAAAAUAUUGUUACUUUUGAAGACGUUUCUGCUAACGAAUGAUGAGAAAAAUAUCAAACUGCGCUUAAAAGACCAAUUUGAUUUAAAUGAGUUCAAAAAGUCAUGCUUGUAUUACAAAAUGCAUUCGGCUUUGGUCUCAAAUCAAGUAGCAAUUGUUAAACAGCUAAUGAACGAUGAGAAGUUAGACUUAAACAAGUUUUUAUCAGAGCGACAAUUAGUAGCAUUAUAUGUGAAAAUGCCGUCAUCAUCCCUUUACCGGUUUGACACUAAUAAUAUAUUCCAUGCCAUGUACAAGGCCCUGGUUUUCAAUACUAAUGAUAUUAAUAGACGAGUAAAACUAAAAUACGUUCGUCUUAUUAUAAAAAGCAUGAUGCUGGGUGGUAACAAGGUUCUGUAUCAGAACAAGAAAUAUGACAACAACACUAUAGAAACGCACUUAUUUACCUGGGCUGUGUUGAUGAAUAGACAAGAAAUGGCCACUUUGUUUUGGGAACGAAUAAAGAACGGGAACAUAGCAACAGCAUUAUUUGGUGGCAAUCCUGAAAGGACUGGCACAAUAUGCUGGGGACAAAUAUAUGCUGGAUUUGGAAGAGAAUUUAUCUCAUAAUGCCGGACUGCUUGAAGAUAUGGCACGCAGUGUUUUAGAUAUUUAUUAUAUACAUGACCCAGAGGGAGCAGAAUUGUCCAUCGCUCGUAAACUACCAGACUGGAAUAAUGCAACUUGUUUAUCUAUUGCAAAUGCUGGAUGGCACAUGAAAUUCAUGGAGCACGAAAGUUGUCAAAUUAGACUACAGAAAGCGUGGACUGGAC